AUGGAUAGGCAAAGCACAUCAUCUCCGGUCUACAACCACGACGACGAGUUUGAUGCUAUGAAGAACUUCAUCGACGCCAAGAUGGACAAACAAAUGGAGGUGCUCAAGGCCCUCAUCAAGAACCGCAAGCGAUCUUCCUCAUCUUCAAGAAGACGCUCAAGUGCAAAGACUCCCGAGCUACCAUCUUCAGCAAAUUUAAAGAGUAUUUUUGCCAAAGCCAGUGGCACUAGCACCUCAAGCCCAGCUCCAACUUUGGAAGUAGUCGUUGAACGACGAGAAGAGCGUGCGCAUCAAGAGAAUGUGCGGAUUGAAGUUUCAGCAUCUGUUCAAGAGGAAGAGAAUGAAGGCGAAAAUUAUAUUGAGAAUGAACCAAUAGCUAGAGACGGGGGAGAAGGCAAGUUCAUUGAGGAGUUACAUCCUGACCACAUCCAGCCUGAUCCCGGGCUUCGUAUUCCAAUUAAUAAUUUUCAUCCCAACAUUAGAGAUGAAGUUAGAUUGGCUUAUGUGGCAAAGGGUCCAACUCGACCGGUCGGUCAUACGUACGAACGUGAUCAUUUUGACAGGGCCUUUUGUGAAGCAUGGUAUGAAAAAAAUCCUUGGUUGGAAUAUAGCGUGGAAAAGAAUGCAGUCUAUUGCUUUUAUUGUUUUCUUUUUAGACAAGAUCCGGUGGAUGAAAAAUUUGGUCAUACUACCUUCACCAAAGAUGGCCACAGUACUUGGAAGAAUGCAUACAAGGCAUUUCCUCUUCAUGUUGGUGGCCCCAGGAGUAUCCACAAUCAAUCAAGGACAGCACAUGAAGAUUUUAAAAAUCAAAGCUCAAGUCUGAAGCGUAAGGUUACACUCUAUAACAAAGAAUCAUUAAUCAAGUACGAGACCCAUUUGGAAACAUCUUUGGGGAUUGUAAGUUUUCUUGCAUUGCAAGGUGAACCAUUUCGUGGACACAAUGAAUCUGCCCUUUCCUUAAAUAAAGGUAAUUUUCUAGAGAUGCUUGAUUGGUACAAAGCAAGAAAGGAGGAAGUGAGAAUUGCGUUUGAUGAGCUAUGCCCAGGAAAUGCACAAAUGAUUUCUUCAACAAUUCAAAAAGCACUUGCCAAAAGUUGUGCAGAUGGGGUCCGAAGAGCAAUAAAACAAGAGAUGGGGGAUAAUCUUUUUUCGGUUCUUAUUGAUGAAUCUCGUGAUACAUCAGUAAAAGAACAAAUGGCCUUGGUUGUGAGGUAUAUGAGCAAGGGAGAAGUUAUUGAAAGAUUUUUGGGUAUCAAGCAUGUCAAGGAGACAACAGCAUAAGCACUAAAGAAAGCAUUGGUUGAGGUUCUUGGUAAGAAUGGGCUACUUAUUGCAAAUUUACGAGGGCAAGGGUAUGAUGGAGCAUCUAAUAUGAGGGGAGAAUUCAAUAGUGUUCAAAAACUUGUCCGAGAUGAAAACCCAUAUGCUUUCUAUAUGCAUUGUUUCGCCCACCGAUUGCAGCUAGUAGUUGUUGCUGUCUCAAGAUGUUGUUCUUCCAUUGAGGAUUUCUUUGAAUAUGUGGCCUUGAUUGUGAACGCCGCUGGUUCGUCUUGCAAGAGGAAGGAUAUAUUGCUUGAUAAGCAACGCAUAAAUCUGUUGGCUAAGUUAGAGAGUGGAGAAAUUUUCUCAGGAAGAGGGAAAAACCAAGAAACAUCAUUGGCUAGACCAGGAGAUACAAGAUGGGGCUCUCAUUAUAAAACACUAGUUCGUAUAGAAUCGAUGUGGGAUGCAGUUAUACAAGUGUUAGCUAU